AUGGAGUUUCUCCUGGGCAACCCUUUCAGCUCUCCCGUGGGGCAGCGGAUCGGUAAGAACGCCGAACCUCGCCGCGGCCCUCCUUUUACCAACUCCGCAAAUUCGCUUCUGUGGCGUUUGCGCGUAUUUCCCUUCCCUCCCCCCUCCCGUCGAGGUUCUUACCUCAGGCGGGGGGGGUUACCUUUACGGUGAAUAGGCGGGGUUCAGGGUACCUGGGCCAAUGGGAAGACGGGAUUAUGUUGAUCGGCAAUGAGUGCUAGCCAAUGGGGAGCGAGCUAGGAGGUGGGUUCUCGGGGCUGCCCUCCUAAACCAAUCGGGGCUUGUGGUGAGGGGGGGGAGACGGGAGGAGUCUCGCGCACUAGAUAAAAAGUUUUCUCAUUUAAAGGGGCCGCGCCCCGCUCCGAGUGGGCGCCACGCCCCCUGGAGCCAAAGCCUCUUCGCUGCUCACCCCGGCCACCUUCCCAAAGCGAGGGGAGGGGGGGCAGGGGGCUGCCUGAGCACAAUAUGGAGAGGUUGUAAAGUACCUGGCUGAGGGGAAAGUCCCGCUGUCCUCCUCGGCUGCCAACCUCAUGGCUCUGUGUAGAGGCGUGGAGGAAGCUGCUGGUGUCGCAACGGCAUUUGUUGGCAGGCCACUUUAAACAGGUGUUGCUUUCUGGCCUUCUGUUUGCACCUCCGUGCAGCACUCCAGGCAAGCUGGUCUUUGACCUAGAGAUCUCAAAAGCCAGUCCUAAAAGUUGCUAGUCACAUAUGGUUGUUCCGAGGAGAGACAUAGAGAGAAGCGCCUUUCCUGUUGGCUUGAUAUUCUUUCCAGGGAACCACUAAAUGUGUACAUGCAGGGCCGGAUUUAGGUUUGAUGAGGUCCUAAACCACAGAGCCUAGGACUUGCCGAUCAGAAGUCGGUGGUUCGAAUCCCUGCGACGGGGUGAGCUCCCGUUACUCGGUCCCAGCUCCUGCCAACCUAGCUGUUCGAAAGCAUGUCAAAGUGCAAGUAGAUCAAUAGGUACCGCUCUGGUGGCAAGGUAAACAGUGUUUCUCUGUGCUGCUCUGGUUUUGCCAGAAGCGGCUUAGUCAUGCUGGCCACAUGAUCUGGAAGCUGUACGCCGGCUCCCUCGGCCAAUAAAGCGAGAUGAGCGCCGCAACCCCAGAGUCGGCCACGACUGGACCUAAUGGUCAGGGGUCCCUUUACCUUUUAAGCUACUGAAGGUGAUGGUGCCCUUUAUAUGUCCAGUUGUCCUUUGUCAACAACAAAUUGUCGCUGUUUUUUGUUGAAUAUAUGCUGUAUGGUAAUUUAUGAACCUACUAGGUAUCAAAAGCCAUUUACACAUAACAAAAUAUGUAUUUUAUCAAAGUAAUACACAACACAAAACACUGUUGCUGAAAGUAGGUUUUAUUUUAUUUGUUUUUUAUCUUAAAUUUUGGAAAUGUGCAUCCAGGUUUUUUUCCUUUAUAUUUUUUGGAGGCUCCAAGAGAGUGAGGCUUUAAGCUAUAGCUUGUUUAGCUUAUACGUAAAUCUGGCACUGUGUACAUGGAUAGGGGUAAGCACAGGUUGUGGCCCUUCAUCUAUGGGUUCAUGUGCUGGGAUGGCAGGAGCAGCACUGGGUAGCUGGCAGUGUUGCACUGGAUAUCGCGGGAAAUUUAAACGGCAGUGAGACCCAACUGCCUGACACUUUGGGUUGGUUGUCUAGCCACAAAAAGAGAGCCAGUGGUGGAUCCCGGUGGCGGGCCUGCUAGGAUGUUUAGCAGAUGACUAUCGCUGAUAUUGGCUCUGAGUUGGAAGGCAGGGAAAUUUUUAUUUCUGAGGCAAUCCAGUGGUAUUUGUAGGAGGUGUGCUACAAGUGAUUACAGUGGUGCCUCGCAAGACGAAAUUAAUUCGUUCCGCAAGUCUCUUCGUCUUGCGAGUUUUUCGUCUUGCGAUGCACGGUUUCCCAUAGGAAUGCAUUGAAAAUCAAUUAAUGCGUUCCUAGGGAACCGCCUACAGACCAGGUCCGGGGACAGUCUGUCCCCGGACCUCUUCUGAAGGCUGGGGGGGCAAGGGCUUUCUUCCCACCCCAGCAUUUUAAAAACCCGGGACAGCGGAGGACUUCUCCGCUGUCCGGGCGAUCUUAAAAUGCUGGCGGGCGGCAUUUAAAAUCACCCGGGACAGCGGAGGACUUCUCCGCUGUCCGGGGCAAUUUAAAGCCCCUGGGAAGGCAGGCAGGGGGACAAAGACUUUGCCCCCGCCAGCCUUCAGAAGAGGUCCUGGACCUCUUCUGAAGGCGGGCGGGGGCGAAAGUCUUGCUCCCCCGCCUUCAAAAGCCCUCCGGGACAGGCAGGCAGGGGGAGCAAAGACUCUCACCCCCGCCCGCCUUCAGAAGGUCUUCCCUCCCCCGCCCGGCUCGGAGCACCGUUCCGGGCCGGGCGGCGGCGGAGGUCUUCCCUCCCCGCCCGGCUUCGGAGCACCGUUCCGAGCCGGGCGGCGGCGGGAGGUGUUCCCUCCCCCGCCCGGCUCGGAGCACCGUCCCGAGCCGGGCGGCGGGGAGGUCUUCCCUCCCCACCGCCCGGCUCGGAGCACCGUCCCGAGCCGGGCGGCGGCGGAGGUGUUCCCUCCCCCGCCCGGCUCGGAGCACCGCUCCGAGCCGGGCGGCGGGGGAGGUCUUCCUCCCCACCGCCCGGCUCGGAGCACCGUCCCGGGCCGGACGGCGGCGGAGGUGUUCCCUCCCCCCGCCCGGCUCGGAGCACCGUUCCGGAGCCGGGCGGCGGGGGAGGUCUUCCUCCCCACCGCCCGGCUCGGAGCACCGUCCCGAGCCGGGCGGCGGCGGCAGGUGUUCCCUCCCCCGCCCGGCUCCGGAGCACCGUUCCGAGCCGGGCGGCGGCGGCAGGUGUUCCUUCCCCCGCCCGGCUCGGAGGAGCCUUCCGAGCCCGGCGGCGGCGGGAGGAGGUGUCCCCGCCCCGCCGCCAGGCUUCGGAGGAGGUCCGAGGACAGUGGGGAAGACGCGCUGCGCUUCCCGCUGUCCCUGAGAUUUCCCUAUGGGCUGUCGUCUUGCGAAGCAAGCCCAUAGGGAAAUUCGUUUUGCGAAGCGCCUCCAAAACGGAAAACCCUUUCGUCUAGCGGGUUUUCCGUCUUGCGAGGCGUUCGUCUUGCGGGGUACCACUGUAUAAAGCUGAGGGCAGAUAAAUCCCUCGGGAUUCCUUGUAAACUCUACAUAAACAGGAACACCACAGAGGCAGAUUUAGGGGAGUAUGAUCAGUUUGGUUGCACUGUGCACAGAGCUUUGGGGUGCCACAAUUUUGGCUGCCACUGCACCCCACACCAAAAAGUGGGGGGAGUGGAGUGGGAUGCCUAAUCCUGUAUAUUUUCUCCAGGUUUCAUUAGUUAAGGAUGCACUAAAGGCUGGCAGAAAUUAAAUGCUCUGUUCUGUCAUUCAUAUCCAUCUUCUGACAAUGCUAUGUUCACUUAAAGCUUCCAUAGUGCAGGGGAAAAUUCUGGAGAUUAUCAGACCCACUGGUGAGUCAGGAUCCAGUAGGUGGAGAUUACUGUAUUUUUUUAAAAAAAGUUAAGAUGACAAUAUAGAUAUUACAUGGUUAAAAUCGUGCAUUUUCUGUCCAGUGUAGACUUAAUCCCUUUAAAUGGUUAUUGGUCAUGGGUUUGUGACUGAUUAAUGAAGGAUGAUUCAGAAGAUGAAACAUGAGGAAGAGCUAGCAUAAAAUGACAGUUCUCUUCGUAGUUACUUAUUUCAUUCCCAUGGCACAAACUGAUUUGGCUGUACUGUACUGUACUGUACUGAGAAUGUCCGUCUUCAGAAAAUAUAUCCUAGUAACAAUGUAUAAGAUACUGAAUGAAGACUAAAUCUAUCCAAUUAGGAUCAUCGUGAAGUAGUGCCUGAUGGAUCAUUUGAGUAAAAGCGAUUUGAAACUGAAUGAAAUGCUGCAAUAUUUCUUUCUAUGUAAUAUUUCUAAAAUCACUAUUUUAUAGUUUGAAAACCAACUUAAAAGCUUUGCCCUCUUUCAAGGGAGGCACAUGUAUUGUUUACAACAACGUAAUCAGCACUGAACCAUAUCACAGAGAAUACCUAGGGUUAAAGUCCGAUUUUAAAAUCCAUGUUUUACAAUUGCAAAAUUUGCAGCCAGUGCUGUGUGUUAACAAUAUAUUGUUGCCCUUGAUGUUCUACCCUGUCUUUAGAAUAAAUUCUUAAUCUGAUAGUUGCACUGAGAAUUUUCACUGAUGCAUCCUUCCUGGCCCUUAUUUUGAGAACAGCUAGUAAAUGCUUCAGUUAUAGAGCAUACCAGAGCCCCCUGAAAUCUGAAAUAACCCGACCAGCCUGUAAAACAUAACACUUAAAUGUUGUGUGACAAAAUUGCCAGUCGCCACACCCUGGAGGCAAACUGACACCCUCCUGAACUGACUUUGAAGUAAGCCAGAGACGCUUGCACAAGCUGAAGCUUGGAGUGCUCCAUUUGCUAACCUACAAUUUGGCAUGUUUGUUGUCAGUGAGAUUUGUGCUCCUGUGUCUGCUGUCUGAUACACCCUUCUCUGUGGAAGCCAUGUUGCCCUGGGUUAGUUUUCAGAAGGUGUGGAUGGUUCUAAUUACAGCUCUUGAAGCAGAGCCCAGCAUCCAGAUCCUUCAUGUGACCAAUGAAUAGCCUUUUUAUGUAAAUCUUCAUCAAAGCGGUAAAAUCCAGGAUUUCCUCCCCCCCCCUUUUUUUUUUAAAAAAACAUCACUAACUCAAAAUCCAUCCCAUGGAUUUAUUACAAAUAAGAAGCUGGAACUGAUUAAAAUUCCAGCUGUAUGAAGCGUCCAUCUAAAAAGGUGCUCUUUAAAAUGCUCAGUUAGAGUGACAGAAGAGGUUUGUAGCACUGUCAGCAUCCCUGUGGCCCACUUCUUUUGUGGAUAGUCAGUGUUUGAGUGGGUGUGUAGCUCAUUCUCUGUUUUUAAGGUCAUUCCAGAGGUCCCAUGUGGUAAUGCUCCCUCCUUUCUUUUUUCAUCUGAUAAUCCCACAUUCACUCGGAUGAAGGAUGGGAGCAAUGAGAUGAUACAAUUUGAGUUGAACGUUGAAGGGUUUUGCAUAUAGGUAUUUCAGGAGACUCCCUAUCAAGCAGUUAAAAAAACUCUGAGCUAGAUUGUCAGGUGUCAGAAUUGGACCACCCACACUCACCCACAACCACUUCCACUUGAAUGCCUGUGGUCUGUCAGAGGGAUUGUUAAUUGCUGGAAAUGGCACUGACAGUUUCCAUAAAACAGAUGAUAAGCUGAAUUAGUAGUAAUAAGAGCAUGUUCUGUUUGGGUCUGGAAGAGAAGUGUGUUUGAUAAUGAUUUUAAUAUGUUUUCCUUUAUAAUCGGUUACUGAAAAAUAAUUUAACGUAAUAAUAUACUUUAUAUUUUGUUGGGUUAAUUUACUUGUCAACUAUUUUAUGCUAUUUCUAAUUAAUUUAAAGGGGUUUGUGGGGUGGUAGGUCUACAUCUACAAGAUGCCACCCUUUCUCUUAUGCUAGGUAGGAGAAGAGGGACACGGGUAGCACUGUGGUCUAAACCACAGAGCCUAGGGUUUGCCGAUCAGAAGGUUGGUGAUUCGAAUCCCCACAAUGGGACAAGUUCCCGUUGUUCAGUCCCUGCUCUUGCCAACCUAGCAGUUUGAAAGCACGUCAAGUGUAAGUAGAUAAAUAGGUGGGAAGGUAAACGACGUUUCUGUGCGCUGCUCUGGUUCGCCAGAAGCGGCUUAGUCAUGCUGGCCACAUGACCCGGAAGCUGUCUGCGGACAAAUGCUGGCUCCGUCGGCCAGUAAAGUGAGAUGAGCGCCACAACCCCAGAGUUGUCCGUGACUGGACAUAAUGGUCAGGGGUCCCUUUACCUUUACCUAGGUAGGAGAAGAACAGCCCCUUUCUCCCAAAGAUCUCAUGGAUCUUUACCCAAGCUGACAGCUGAGCCCUGUCCCUAGUUUGCAUGUCCUAACACCUUCAGUGGCAAAGGUUCUAUCCUGGCAUCCAUAUACUUCUGGUAUAGGUACGUAGGUAUAGGUCCUAGGCCUAUAUCUUCGCAGACAGAUGUCUGUUCUAUCACAUUUACUUCCUUUCAGAACUUAAUAAUCAUAAUAAUAAUUAUAAAUAUUACAGGACACUUUGAAAAAUUGGAUUCAGUAUGCUUCCCAGUUGUUAGCACAGCAACGCUUCCAACAAUCCUAUAAGCUAUGCUAGUAUUAUAUCAGUGUUGCAGGUAUGCGGCUGAGUCUAAAAUAUGAGUCUAUGGUCCCUAGUGAGAAUAUGGUUAAGCUCUUGGGCUGCAAUAAACCUAGCAGUAAACCCCACUGAACUGAAUACUAGCCACCCGCUGUAAAACUUUGCCUGUGUGUCUUCUGUGCUGACCAGCAAACACAUGGAAAGUUGUGUGGAGUUUAACAUGUGGACAUUUACUUUCAUUAAAAUAAAUGAAAUACUGCAAUAUAUCUGUAUCUAUCUAUAUCUAUCUGUCCGACAAUCGGUGUGCAUAGCAAAAAUGUGCAGCCUUAGUUCUGAAAGCAGUUUGGAUUUUCUGUGUUUAUUUUUUACUUAGGAUGUGCAGCAUGUGCCCAGCCUUCCUUAUAUAUUGUUGCUCCCAUUGUCCUUGGAUUUAUUUGCUAUUCUCACUCCUGUCUCACCAUGUACUAGCUGGUGUUGGUCUCUGCACUGAUUUCUGUGUGUACUUUACAUGCGUCAAAAUACAAGGAAUUGUUUCAACUGCCAAAGCUGUUGCUGUUGGCCAUAAUAAAACUGGAUUCUAAAUUGGUGGAUUAAUAGUCAUCUAGUUGUUUGGCUGAAUUCUGCUCCUUUGGACUUUUCUUCUUAUUAGUAAGCCUCUUUCCUGAGCAGCUAGAGGAGUAUGUGCAGUUUGUUUGCAUUCCUUUCUGGAAAGUAAAUAUUUUGGGACCUUGAAUAGAUCUCUUCACAUUGGGGUAGAGGUUAGCAGAGUGAACCGUGGCAGAGGGAAAUGUAAUGAAGAGGAAUAUUAAAGUAUCCCCCUUUUCAGCAGCUCAGUCAGUGAGUCUUUUUACACAGAGAGGUAUUCAAAAGUAGUAUCCCCCACUUUAAUAACCUAAUGAAAUUUGAGUAUGGUAUACUUUGAGAAUAGAAUUAAAAUUAUGUCAUGUGUGUUUUGGGUUUUGUUUUGUUUUAAAAAGGUACUAAAAUUGCUAGCUUCUGAUACAGAGAAUUUCUGUGUAUCGUCAAGAUCUGAUGACUUUAGCAGCUAUAUAUUUUACCUAUCAUUUAAAGUCGUACCUUGGAAGGAAUCCAUUCUGGAAGUGUGUUCGACUUCGAAAACAUUUGUAAACUAAAGCACGGCUUCUGAUUGGCUGCAGGAAUCUCUUGCAGCCAAUCAGAAGCCAUGGAAGCCCCGUCGGACAUCCAGUUUCCAAAAAUAGUUCACAAACUGGAACAGUCACUCAGUCCAGGUUUGCACUGUUCGGGAGCCAAAACGUUCGAGAACUAAGCUGUUUGAAAACCAAGGUAUGACUGUACCAUCCUUCAAGGACUCUUGCUGCCAAGCCUUUUCCGUACAGAUUACUUCCAGCCCUCCUUAUCUCAUUGGCAUCCUUGACUACUCCUUAGACAGCAGUGAUAGGUCUGCCUCUGCAUCCCUUUCAUCAGAGCUUCAGAAAUUCUCCUAGGAAAGCUUUUUCUGAUAUUUGAAAUGUUGGAAGUUCUGCUUACCUUAUACCUGUCAAAGGCAGAGGAGCACUACCAUGUACAAUUGAUGGCCAUCCUAACCUGUACUUCUAAGUGCAAUGCUUAGCUGUCCCACUACUCCACUACUCCACUGGCCACUGGUACAUGCUACUCUGAACACUAGAUAGAGUUGUUCUCUGUUUCCCUCUUUCCUUCAGCCUAUUAUUUUGCAGACUUUCAUGUGCCACUGCUACUAGGCUGGUAUCCAUUUUCUCUUUGUACACUGUCCAGGCUUCUGCCUAGACUUACUGGGCCCACUUGCCACAAGGGGUUAAGGCUGAGCUGAUUACAGGGUGGAGACGCUGGUAAUAACAACUUGCUGUUCAACAUUCUGCUGUGAGUAACACAGACUGAAAGAGACACCAUCAGACGAAGACUGGGUUUGCCCUCAUUGCAUUCUGUUACCCAUCCCACUCAUUUGGAUGCUAAGAAGCUUCUCCAUUUUUGUACGACCAGAGUUAAACCAUGACAUUUUGGUGUGGCUCUUCCCCAUCCCACCCCCCAGUAAAAAUAUAAUGAAAAUACUAUGUAACAAUUUGACUUGUAAUGAGUAUCCCAGAUUUUGCUGUCUAAGGCGAGCAGCUAUCCUCUCAUGAGAAGGCUCCCAUUGGACAAGAUCCAUAGGGAAAUAAGAAGCUUGAUUUUCCCUCCACCUCAUACAUUCACACGUAUUUACUCCUGAUUUGGCUUGAUUUAAGGGGCCUCUUUGGGAGUCUUUAAGAAUGUGAAAGAACUUACAGUGAGGGGGGAAAGUAUUUGAUCCCCUGCUAAGUUUGCCCGUUUGCCCUCUGAGGAAGUAAUGGCCAGUCCAUAAUUUUAAUGGUAGGUUUAUUGUAGCUGUGAGAGACAGAAUAACAACAGGAAAACCCCCAGAAACCCAGAAGACAAAAGUCACUGUAGAUAUUUCUGGUAGUUUACAAACAGGCUGCUGUGUUUCCCCCGUGUUGUUUGCCCUACUCUCUGGCCUUGCAACAUGGAGAUUCUGCUCCUAGCUGCUGGCCAUGAUAGCUGUCUGUUGCUUCACUUCAGUGCCCCAUUGCAAUUCUCCUUGCAACACAAGAGAAGAACAAGGAAGUCACUGUCUUCCCUCCCGUGUCUUUGAUGCUGUACUGCAAGGAGAAUCCUUGCACUGCCAGAGGGCGAGUGGCCUGAAGCCAGCGGCAUGAAGAGAAAGCUGGAAUAGGGCUCAGGUGUUGGCUGGUUACAGUCAGAAGCUGUCGCUAGGUGGAGACCUGGGAACAGCAGUGGCUCAGGAGGCAGUUGUUUAUAGGCUACUGUACCAGCAUCUGGCGACAUGAGGGAUGGGGACCUGUUGCCUGUACCAGAAGGUGUUGUGAUGCAAAGGUUUAGCAGCUGCUGGGUUUGCCACCAUUCAGGUACAAGGCAGCUGAGUGGCUCGCGGUGGCCAGCACAAGCUACUGAUGUCAUGGUGACCUCACAGACUGCCAGUGCUUCUGACCAUAUGGAGGCUAUUUCUAGGUCUGUUGUGGGAAAAGAUUAUUGGGCAGGGGGUGUAUAUUUGGAAUCUUGCCUCUUCCUUUUUUCCAUUCUCAGUUCUGCUGCAGCUACCAUUCAUGAAGCCUGAGACUUUUAAUCUCGUUACAAUGAGCUGAAAAAAAUGCUUUAAAAGAUAAUUUGUUAAAACCCUUUUUUUCUUUUUGGUAUAAUAGAUGUAAGUGUGUUUAAAGACCAGAAAUCUCUUGUUAUGUAUGCAACAGCAGCACGAAUGGCAUGUGUUCAGAAGUGGAAAGGUGAUAUAGUACCAAAGGUUUCCUGCAUUGCAGAGGGUUGGACUGGAUGACCCUCAUGGUCCCUUCCAACUAUGAUUCUAUACUUCAAAAUCAGAUCUAGGGAUGAUGUCUGUUUUCUUCCUCCUCCAGAGAAAGCUACUGAUGGCUCCCUACAGAACGAAAACUGGGCCCUCAACAUGGAGAUCUGUGAUAUCAUUAAUGAGACAGAAGAAGGGUAAGGAAGCCAGCGUUGCUUACAAGACAAGUGGCCUUAUCCACAUGCUCACUGACAGACUUGCGUCAGUCUACUACGCUAAUGUGUAUGAGUGGAAAAAGUGUUCAGGGAAAAAUCUCUUGAGUUGGCAUUGUAAGUCAUUAGUCUUAAAAGCCCAAGUCCCUUGACACCUUCAGAAGAGAAUGCUGCCAGAGCAACAUUCUGCUUGAAGCCGCCUUUUGUACCACCAGCUGCCAGAUAUGCCAUUAGCCCUUUCCCGUAAUUUUUUCACAUAGUAUUAAACUCUGUCUUGCAUUCUUUCCCUGGCAUUUCCUUUUUUUGUUCUUUUCCUUUUCUCACAAGGACAGCUUACUGCUCGAUCGGUUCCUUCUUUACUGUCCUCCUUUCCCUUCUCCGUUUCUCUCUCUCUUUUUUUUUCUCUGUCUCUGCCUUCUUUUCCCUCACUGGGAGUCUAAUACUCUCCAGGCUGGUGACUACGGAGACAGGAAAAAUCUCAGCUGGCCCAUUCAGUGCAGUUCCAACUGAGGUUCUCUCAGGUAUACGGAUAGUACAGUAAUAGCAGAGAGGGGCAAAGAAGUGUGAAGUUUCAAGUCCAUCCAAAUCCUUAAUUUCCCCCUGCCAAUCUUUUUUCUCUCUCUCAUGCACAUACCCUGAACAACCCAGCUUUGAGGCAUCCAGAAAUCUGAGGAAUGCCAAACCCAUCCAUGCUGAACACUAUAAAUAACUCUCAGUGGGCUUGCUGGCGACCUCAGGAAGGGCAAGAACAACAUGCAAUAGGAGUGGUGCCUCUCUGGAAUGCAGCUCAGUGCUUACGUGGCUGCAGAUAUCUCUCCACAUAGAAAAUAAAGGAAGCCUUCUUGUUCUUUUCAUUAUUGCAACGUGGUAUGGCUUCAGGCUGUAUUGUCCUGUUUCUGUCAGCUGUAUCUCCUCGCGCCUGCCUUGCAGCCCUUGUGUCUAUUCCAACCCUAGGCCUUUGUCCCACCGUGAACUCAGCAUGACUGCAUCUCACACACACACACACAAUUUUGUUUUUCAUACAACACCAUCAUGGCUCAUUGGGUCUGUUCUAGUAGGUUCCAUAUUUUACUUGGACAUUGGGGGGAAAUGGAUUUGCAUCCUAGCUUAACUGUGGGCUUGGGACCUACCUGAGGCUACUCAGGAGCUCCCCAUCUGAAUUUGUUGUGAGAGUAAAAGAUUUGCAUCUGAUGGUGUGGUCUAAUCCAUGGGCGGUUGUUUGCCUUUAUUUAUUUGUUUUCAGAAGAUGCAAGGCUCAUUGGUGUAAUUUUUGUUAGCAGAGUAAACAUUGUGAAGCCCUUUUAAUAUGCAAAGUGUCAUUGGUGAUGUGAAUAAUAAUAAUAAUAAUAAUAAUAAUAAUAAUUUGUUAUUUAUACCCCGCCCAUCUAGCUGGGUUUCCCCAGCCACUCUGGGCAGCUCCCAACAGAAUAUUAAAAACAGAAUAAAACAUCAAACAUCAAAAACUUCCCUAAACAGAGCUGCCUUCAGAUGUCUUCUAAAAGUCAGAUAGUUGUUUAUUUCCUUGGCAUCUGAUGGGAGGGUGUUCCACAGGGCGGGCACCACUACCAAGAAGGCCCUCUGUCUGGUGAAAGCUAGUAAUCCUAUUCAUGUGAAGGCUAGUAAUCCUAUUUAUGGCUAACUCCAGGUUUGAGGGGACCCUCAGCAAGCUGCCAUCUGCUGGUGCACCCUUUCCCCACAUCUGUGAGUCCUCUGGCAUCGCUACCAGGCAACAGCACAGCAAUUGGGCUUCAAUUACCACUCAGUAGCCCCCAAUCAUCAUUAACUGCCCUCAAAAUCCACUGCCUCCUAGCAUGGUUACAUUUGUCUUCUGCUUCUCGUUCUCUAUACUACAAUGAAUCUCGUUCCACCUUCUCACCCCACCCCUGCCAAAAAAACCACCCCACAGCACAGUAAUGCAAAGAUAAUUAGCUUCUUGCCUUGUGUUGAAAAGUAUGUUAGGUGUUGCUAAAGUUUUGGGUUUCAUCCAGAAAGCUUGUAAAGUGUCAAGAAAGCAAGACAUGCCGAAAUAAAUAACGGUGGUUUGGUUUGUAUGUCUUGCUUCUGAAUUCUUCAUUUUCCGUAACAUGGCAACAGAUAGCAUGUUCACUAUUACUCCUGUAAAGCUACUGGUGGAAUGGAUCUCAAGCUUGCAGAAUGAAUGUGCUCUUUGAAACAGGAUAUUCUUCAGUAGGUGGGCUGUUUAUGUUCUCUGAUUUUGCCCAACAGCUGUCCCUUACUGGCAUGCUAUAUAUGACUCUUUCAUUUCAUUCCAAAGGAGACAACAAAAUAGGACUUUACCUGGACAUGUUUCAUAAAUAACACUUUUCCUUGCACAUCUUUUUGUUACUUAUUUUUUAUUAAAUGUAUGUACCUAUCUGUAGCUUGCUCUUUGCAUUCUUUGCAAUUCUUGUUCCUGUUGAUAUCUGCAUUUCUGCCUCUGAUUCAAGCAAAUACACUUUGGGGGUAAGAUACUGACAUUGUGGGAAUGGCUAGCUUGGCGGACUCAAUUGGCUGGUUGAAUUGGGUUCUUAACAGUAGCGACUGAGGAACAAAACUGAUGAAACCUUAUGGCCUGGCAAAUUCCAACUGCAUAUUUUGUCUCUGUUCCAAUGCUAGUUCUUUUGUAAUCUUGUUUCUUCUGUUCUUAGCCCCAAAGAUGCUUUCCGAGCCAUAAAGAAAAGGAUUGUAGGGAAUAAGAACUUCCAUGAGGUGAUGCUGGCUUUGACAGUGAGUAUGAUGCUCCUUUCUCAAUAAGCACAAGAACCCAUCAGUUUCUUCCCACCCACCCACCCACCCCCAACCCAACAGUCUUCUGCAUUUGCUUCUUGUCAUCUAUUGCAGGGUGAGUUAUAGGGCAGGAUGCCAUUAUAAUCAUUUGAUUCCGUUUACUUCAGUAGCUAAAUCAAUGACAGAGAUAGUCUGAAGGUAUAUCCAAAAAAAGGUAUAACCUUUGAGUGGGGAUGUUAAAUCUUUGAUUAAGUAGUGGGAAAGCACCAAAAGACUACAAAAAUAUGUUGUGCGUGUUUGAUUUAGUCAAAAGCAAGUGGAAAUACCCUGGGUACUAAAACAUAUCCUUAUGCCUGCCUGCCAUUUGGAACUGGAAUUUCCAGUUGGGAUUGCAUGGGAAGGAGGACCGAAAACCCCUUUACUGACAUCUUAUUUGGUUCUACAGGUCCUUGAAACAUGUGUCAAAAACUGUGGCCACCGCUUCCACACGCUGGUCGCUAGCCAGGAUUUUGUAGAAGGUGUGCUGGUGCGAACCAUUCUUCCCAAAAACAAUCCUCCGGCCAUUGUACACGACAAGGUGCUGACCCUCAUACAGGUGAGUGCAUGAGAUGAGUUGCAUAAGUGUGCACAGUUGCCUUCCUUCACGGGCAAAUAACUCCCAGCAAAUUAAACAGAAGGGAGCAAAGGAAGUCAGUUCAAAUGUAGGUAUGGCAAGGUGCUACUUUGUGUAUUAAUCUCUCUAGCACUGUGUCUGCCCUUCAGGGGCUGCCUACCAUGCUGCACGCAAACAGCGACACCGAAUUAAAAUGUGACCCCCACAAUAUAUAUAGUUAUUUUGAGUCUGAACCUGGGCUGAGGCACACACCCAGGUUUUUUUUCAGGUCUGGGUGUAUUCCGUUUCUUAAAAAGUAAAUAGUUACACUCUUUACAAUCCAAAUCCUCAGUCAAGAAAAGCUGAAUUCUGCAACACACACACACACACACAUAUAUAGAUAUAUUCAAUUUGCAUAAUAUAUCUCAUUUGCAUAACUUGUUCUUCAGCAUAUGCUGUUUUGCAUAAUGUAUCCCGGUGUCGGAGGAAGGAAGGUAGGAGGAGGAAGAAGGCCGACAGGGCACUCAAGCCUGCUUUCAGCUAACAAACAUAUUAUUCAGCCACUGCUGAGGUUUCAGCUGACAUAGUAGACACAUUUUUUAAUACCUAUAUUUGAAGCCAUAAGGCCUAGAAGCUAAAUAAAUAAACAAAGGAGAGAUUUUCAGGAAACUUGAAUCCUGCUCCCAAUACCACAUUAUGCAAUUUUUCUGUGCUCUUACAGAUUCUUAGCAAUAACACACCCUGCUCUUCUCCCCCAUGAGAAUUUAAGAAAGGGAAGACAGAUUAUGAGACUGUGAGGCGGUACCUGUUUUCUGUCUCUGCAGUCCUGGGCAGAUGCAUUCCGUAGUACACCAGACCUGACAGGAGUUGUGGCUGUUUAUGAGGACCUGAGGAGGAAAGGCUUGGAGUUUCCCAUGACUGAUCUGGAUAUGCUCUCACCCAUCCAUACACCACAAAGGGUAAGGUUUUCUUUCAUUAUGAGGGUCUUUUUAAGCCCCUAGCUCCUGGAAGAGUAUAAUGCAGUCUUGCAAAUAACCCCACAAAAGUGACUAGCCUGCAAGCAUAUUUACUAGUUUGCUAGGGACUGGCAGAAGAGAGGCAGAGAGCUCCAUUCCUCUUGCACCAGCCUGCUGCAGUUCUGCUCUAGGGACAGAGGAGGGGGAUUCCCUCUCACCUUUGGCAGCCCACUUAGUUUUCAUGUUUGGGGGAGAGAUGCAAUGAGCUACUGCUCCCCCUUCUCCACCAUCCAGUUCACAAGCCUGCAUGGCAUCCCAAGCACUCUCCUGCAUGCUGUUGCUUCUUGUCUAUGGCGACGAGGGAAGGGCUUGAACACAAAGCUGGUCUAAUGUGAAGAGUGAAGAACCAGAGGGAAAGGCAUUUGCAAAGGGGGAAUAAACUGAGAGUCCAGAUUCUGUGUUCAAGAUAAAGAGUAAAAAUUACAAAUGUUCCCAGCCUUUUCAGCAAUAAUGUAUGCACUGCUGUUGCUUUCAGAUAUAAUGCUGAUAGGUUUCUUCGCUAUUUUAUAAGAUAUAGCAACAUUUGGAUUAUUGGAAACAUUUGUAUUUGUCUGAAGUAGUUUCCUACUUCACAAUGGUGAAGAAAAGCUGGCCUGAAAGGUUUGACCCUAGUAUAUUUUCAGCCGUUUCUCCAGUAGUACAAGACAGUAGUAAAAAGCAAGCAGUACACUGAAGCUUACUAGAGUCCUCACUGCACAUAUGGAAACAAAAACCUAGUUUCUGUCAGCUCAUUGGGACCUGUGGCUGGGGUGCAUUUCAUUGAGGGCAGUCUGUUUUGGAAUCCAAAGAGGAGGAUUAAUGGUCAGCCCAGAGAAUGUAAGGAGGUUGGCGGGCUUCAUGUCCAGCUCAUUACUGGAGAGUCAGUGUGGCGUAAUGGUUAGAGUGUUGGACUAGGACCUGGGAGAGCAGGGUUUGAAUCCCCACUCAGCCCUGAAGCUCACUGGGUGACCUUGGGCCAGUCACCAUCUUUUGGCCUAACCCACCUCACAGGGUUGUUGUAUGAAUGAAAUGGGGAGGAGAACCAUGUACACUCCCUUGAGCUCCUUGGAAGAUAAAGGUGGCAUAUAAAUGUAAUUAAAAAACAAAUUACUCAGGGGAACACCAAAGAGAGCAGAAAACACCGUAGAACAUUGCUGGGUGAAUUAAUAAAGUAGGAGGGGGAAAAUAUCCUUUGCCUUUUUUCAGCUGUUACUGAACCACUUUCUCUUUUAUUUUACGGAUUCCUCUCUAGACUGUAUAUACCUCAGGCUCCCCUACCGGAGUGAAUUCACCAGCAGCAGACUCCCCUCAAGCAAUAGAGUCUAUUCUGCAUCCUGUGUCUCUCCCUGUCUCUCCAGGGGCCGCCACGGAUGCCCCCAUCACACCGACACCAGAGCAGGUAGGUUCAACUUCAGCGUAGUAGAGAUGGGAAGGCCUGGGGGGUGGGGACGGAGAAAUGGGGGGGGGAACCUGUUUUUUACCAAAGCUGUUUUUUUCAGGAAAAUUUAAAAAACAAACAGUUUGAUAUAGUUUGAAUAUUCCACACACUUUUCCAAUUUUUCCAGGGUUUUUCUAGGCCUUUCCAUCUCUACAGUGUAGUGAUAUUACUGCAAUACAUCCAGCUUGGGGGGGGGGUCGCCCCCCCCCCGUGUUCCACAAGUCAUUCGAUUCCUCAUAUGGAGAAAGGACUGUUUCAUUAAAAGGAACCCUGGUUCUUCCAUGGUUGCAAGUUCCACAGUUACAACAGUAAUGAAAAUGUGCCUGAAGGAGCAGUGUCAGAGGUCUCAUUUGUUUAGCAAGGGUAUGGCCAGGUCCUAAUACACACACACACACACACACACACACACACACACACGUAUGUAUGUAUACACAGAUAUACAUCACAGGCAGCAGGGUGGGGGAAAGCUUGUCUUUUGAGAGAUCAGAUCGUACUGGGCUAGGUCAGUCAAUAGUCUGAUAGUACAAGGUAAUUUCCUGCGUCCUUCUCUAAGAGUGGAAAGUCCAGCUGGACUUAGUGGGUGUAUUUGUGCUUUCAGAUUGGGAAACUACGCAGCGAGUUGGAAGUGGUGAAUGGGAAUGUGAAAGUGAUGUCUGAGAUGCUCACGGAGCUUGUGCCAGGACAAGCUGAAACCUCCGACCUUGACCUGCUCCAGGUAGGAAGCGGCUGCAGCACAAGUUUGCCUCUGCUGCUGUGAGUAAGGACUUAAUUUGGUUCGGGCCAGCAAGUGCUGAGGUGGGCUUAGCUUAUGCCGACAAAAAUAACCCAUCAUGCCAGUGACUCGAGCAGUAGGAACGGAUUUUUAGCCCGGGCUGGUUACUAGCUGCCACUUGUUAACCUAGACUGUUUGGUUCAGUUUUCACAAUGUACGUUCUCUUGCCAUGGGUAGGAGCUGAACCGGACAUGUAAAGCGAUGCAGCAGCGCGUGCUGGAGCUGAUCCCCCGCAUCCUCAAUGAACAGCUAACAGAGGAGCUGCUCAUUGUCAAUGACAACCUCAACAACAUUUUCCUGCGCCACGAACGGUAUUCCCAUGCCCCUCCCCUGCUCGUUCCCCUGCCCACACCCCCUUGCAAGCAAAACAGCUUGUGUAAGCCUUCCACCUGAGCUCAUCCGCUCACCUCUCUCUUUCUCUUAGGUUCGAACGGCUCCGAUCUGGCCAGCCUGCUAAGGUGAAUGAGUGUUCCUUCCUUUUAGUGCAUUCUAACAAGGUUUUUAAUGAUCUGUUGAAAGCCGCCCAGAGUGGCUGGGGUAUAAAUAAAAAAAUACUAUUAUUAUUAUUAUUAUUAUUAUUAUUAUUCAUGUUUCUUAGGAGGGUAAGAUAGUAGCACAUUAGAACCAAGGGGCACAGUCCUCAGUGUGGCGGAUUCAGAUAUUUUGCCUUAUUCUUGGUGGGACUGAUUCCAUUAUUUCCAAAUUUCUCAGACUUUUUUGGGUGAUGAAUGGUGUUUUAGAUUUCCUCAGUAAUUCAAAACUUGUGGCCUCCUGAAGCAGAACCACGCUGGGGAGGCCCGGCCAGAUGGGUGGGGUAUAUGUAAUAAAUUAAUAAUAAUAAUAAUAGUAGUAAUACUAGUAGUAGUUAGAAUAGUUUCAAAAUAGCAAAGCAAACUUCCUGUCUCUUUUAAGCAGCUAAACAAUGCAGAAAAUGCAAGCAAUUUGAUUGAUGUGGGACCUAAUGCAGUAGAAAAAAACCCAGAAGCCGCCUCCACGCUCUCAUCUCAGCUUGCAGAAAUGAGUGAGUAACUUACUUGUGUCCCUUCUGCUGUGUGGUUUCCUUGUUUGCCCCCUACCCCAGCCCCAUGAUUCUGAGAGCCACUAGCUCACCUGUCUUCUAGCUUCUGUAUCUUUUCUUCUUUAUGUUCCCUCAGUCCUUGCUUUAAAAACUUCAGAAUUAAUUUAAUAUAAGAUAGCAGAAUCAGUCAUGCCGAGCCAGCAAAUGUAUGCAGAUGUUCAUAACUUUUCCCUGAUAGUAGCACUUGGGGUGAGUGGGUUGGAGGGAGGGGAGAGGCAGUUUACAGAGGAGGCGUGGCGCAUGCAAUCCUUCAUAAAAUUAUCCUUACCGGCAAAAAGAAAUGAAACCCCCUGUGAUCCUAUUUUCAGAUAGGUAUCUUAGUAUAUCACAUUAUGCCUUGUUGAUCUGAACGUGUGUUAGAUGUUACCUUCUUCUUGACUUUUUACACCUUUCAGAUCUGGGUUCUGGCAGCGUCAGUGCAGGACUGCAGUCCCUCAACAAUUCUGGCAAGCUGGAGGAAGAGUUUGACAUGUUUGCACUGACCCGAGGCAGCAACUUGGCUGAUCAGCGCAAAGAGUAAGUGACAGCACCUGCUGCUGCAAAUUAGGUGUUGUAUACAAGAGUUGCAUGCUGGCUGUUCAGGCUUAAUAAUGAACGUUCAUUCAUUCAUACUCAAAACAAGAGAAGUUUUGCAGGUUUGCAUAAUGUAUAGAAACAGAGGAAUUUGGCUUUUGGUGCAAAAUAUGGUCAUGCAGAAUUGUUAUUUAAUUUUUUCAAAAGCAGGACUUGUUUUGCUAGAAACUAUGGCCCUCUACCCCUUGAUAUUUUUUCCAUGUGAUUAAGGAAAUCGAUAAGCCCUAAAUUCUAGUGUAUCACAAGUAGGAAAAGGAGAAACUGAAAUCAAGGGUGCUUGUCGGAUGAAUAGGAUGUUUAAUAAGAGAUACCAAACAAACAAGCUUGUACUCAGCAGGUGUAGUUGCAGCCCGCUAGGGACUUGAGUGCCAGCGCAGAGCCCUUUGGGGACAAAUAGUUUCUAUUUCCAGUGAAUUGCUGUUAGAUACUUUGUUUUCCAAACUGUGUUGGCUCAGCCCUUCUUAUGCCCAGUUUUUCAGGAUAGGAAAAAGGCUACAUGUUUGUCCCUGCUCUUUCGCCAGCUUCCAUUUCCCUUUUGCAUGGUUGCUUGUGGUGCAGGAGUGACUCUUCCAAUGUCACACCCAUCUUUCAUUUUCCAGUCUGAAUGUUCUUUGGUGGUGGAGUUCAAGAGCAGACUGUCUGUACUGUUUAAAACCCUGGUCUUUUAGGAGACUGGUUUGUUUUGGUUUUGUUUAUUGCUGCUGCUGUUGUCCAUCCCCACCAGAACUAAUGAAGGCAGUCUUGAGUUUUCAUUAGCACUUAACUCUCUCCACUACUCUUUUUAUUUCCCCCUUGUCUGUUAUGUUGUCAUUCUCUAAUGGCUUCCUGGAAUUUUAGCAGCAGUGAAAUGGAUAAUUUAUUGUUAACGGCGUGGGCCAAAUGGAGAGCAGAGCUGUGUUUCAGUGCUGCAGAUAAUACUCCAGGAGAGUAAACACCAGCCAUACCCAGUACUUGUAUUUUGCUUCUUACGGUUGCCCAUGCUUGUAGCCUGGAAAAGGAGACAAACCUCUUCUUAUGAUGCACCUACUUUACUUAGCAUUGCUUCUUUCCAUUACAGAAUUCAUAUGAUUUUUAUAUUUUGCUUAUAGUAUUUUCUUGUACAGUCCCCAGAGGGAAAUAGCUAUUGUGGUACUAAGUAAAUAAAUGCAUUUUAAAAAAUUGUCUGGGGUAACCUAGAGUGAAAGUUUCAAGAUUUUGGAAUUUCCCUUUCCUCCUUAGUUUUGAAAACAAGUCUCACACAUACAAAAAUGACUUGAUCUAUGUGGGGAGGGGGGGGUUUAAAGCAGGGAAUGAAUAUUCCUGUAAAGAUGAGGUUUGCUUUCCCCUGCACCAUACAUUAUCUGUAUCUUAAGUCACAUACCUUGUUUGCUCCUGCUGUCCCAGUUGCAAUGAUCUAGAUUUCUUGAGAGCCAAAAUGUAAGAGUAGGCCAAAAGUUCUCCAAUGAAAACUUUUUGCCGAACUUGGAGACAAUUUUAAGGAUUCACAUCCUUCUGUUCACAUCCUUAUGCCUUAUUUCACAGAUACCACAUGGCAGUAACAGCUGAAGCAGUCAGUGUUCCUUCUGACAGCCACAGUCUUUUCCCCCAGAAGCCUCUUGACAUGCUAUACUGUGAUGUACCAUUGAGCUGUGGGGGUUUCUGGGAAGAAAGGCCAUCAAAUGUUUUCCCCAGAACGCUUCCCCUGUGCAACAGGACAUCAUGGUGGAACAUCAAGGGGACGAGGAAUUGAUGGCCAGUGACUACUGAGUGGAUCUUACCUUGAAACAUUCCCCAUCUCCUUUACUUCCCACAAAUGGGAUGAAUCUGACACUUCAGCUAAACUCUGCAAGGAAGUUCCUGAGGUCAAUUUCACCUCAGCCAUGAAUUCAACAGUUGGCUUCAGGGCAACCACUAUUCUCACAGCCACCCUUUCCCCCUCCACCCCAAAUCUGCAAUAUGGGGUUAAUUAUAAUUGCAACCUAUCUUUCAGGUUGGCUGCCUAAAGGAUUACUGGGUAGAAUUAUGCAGAGCACUCUGCAGGCUCAGGAAGUAGUAUAUAAUGCUAAGCAUGGUUAUUCCGUAGAGGACUUAGGUGUGGAAGAUCUGGUCUUUUCCAUUGCACUCGGCAAAUUCGGCCUUGUAGUUCCAAAACCCACAGAUGUGUCUGAGGGAAAAGUCCUAGGCUCGGUAAUGCAAACCUGCAAGAAGCCUUUCAGUGACCCCUGCUGAUUGUAGAAACAGAUGUUUGUUUUGGGCAUGUGCGGUUACGCUUGAGCACGAAAUGCACUCCACCCCCAACACUUAGCAAACCGGGCUGGGAGCCAGUAUCCUUCUAAUUGCUGUUGCUGCAGCUCUUUCUGCCGCUGAAAGGGCUUAUAAUUCUUGACUCACAGAUUGCCCUUGCAAAGAGCCAGUCGAGCACACCAGACUCAGGGAGAAGGAUGCUGUGAGCCUGUGUACCAGGCUGUCUGAAUGUUGUUCUCAGCAAACCGUUUGCCGAGUGCGGAGUGGAGUUGAUUUUUGCAGAAACAAGGCAGAGAGCGAGAAGGCUGGAAGCAGCUGAUCUUAUGUUGAAACCCAACCUCUUGGCGCACACUCCGGCCACUCUCCUCCCAACCCUGGAACUGAGCACUGUUAACUUCUCCAGCAAAACCUGAUCCUCCUGUGACGGGUGUGAUCUUUCCGAUAAAGAGGCUCCUUCUAUUUAUUCCUCUUUCUCCAACUGGACUAUCCGCCUCCUACUUUUAACUUUCUUGCCAGCAAGCCAUCUCAGGACUGUCUCUUCUACAGCCCCUCAUGCUCUCCUGUGCCUUUUUUUCCCCUCCCUUCCUGCGGCUUCGCUUCCAGACCGAGACCCUUUUUGUGGGCAACCACCACAGCUGGCUCGUGCAUCUUCCCAGAGCCCCAUGAACCUCUGUCUGCAGACUUUCUGGCAGCACCUCAAGCCCUUCUUGCCCUUCUGCCUCAUCAGCGGCAUGGUGGUGGCACUCUACUUCAUCCUUGACGCCAUUGUGCACAGCGGGCCCUUCACGGACGAGCUCUUUUUUGAAAAGUUUGAGCAAAAGUGGCCCAACCCCUUGGCCCCAGCAGGGAACAGUUCCCGGUGACCAUGGGAGGGACAGAGACAUGGCUUGGGGGAGCUCACCACUGGGAUGUCAUCGUCCAAGGAAACUUUGGCCUUCCUGUGUAAGAAAUAAUCUGCAUAGAUUGGAGGGUGAGGACAAAGGGUGGGCAGGGUGGUCUUGAAACUGAAGGUAUUUCUUGCAGGAAAUGGGGCAGUCGUGAUAUUUGCAGAGGUCUUGUUGUAGCUGUGCAUGCACUGAUUAAUCAGAAGCAGUUAAGUCUGUCCAAGCCCAUCUGCACCGCAUAAGUUUGCCCACCGUGUCUCCCGAAACAAAAUAGAAAUGUGGAGGGAUGUAGAAUUAUUUUAAGGGCAUGUGCUUAGGUAGAACAGAAGUGCAUUCAGGUUUAUGUGCAUGUCACAGUUCUGCAAUAGUGUAGAAAAAGUGCAGAAUGUGACAAGGAGCGCAGAAUUUAGUUUUCUGAGAAUCCUAGCUUUCUCUUUUUUCCCCCUUUUCAUAUAUAAAUGGCACUUUUCUAGUCCCUGUGUCUAUAAAGCUCUGCUUGAAAGCAUGGAGGCAAUGUUUGCAGAAAUCUCAGGAGGUGGAGAGGUGGUUGGGUUAAAGCUUCGGUGUCCUUCAUAUUUCCUUGACUCCGCUCAUAAUUAGCAAUACCAGACUAAAUCAUUCAAGAUUGUAAAGAUCACAGCAGCUGUUGUACAAAAUAAGAGAAGUUAUGCAUAUGUACUUCAUUUAAACACUAUAGGGUGCAGAAAUUUUCUUGGUCCAGAAUCUGGAAUGUCUGGGCACAGAAUGUUUAUUAUUAUUAUUAUUAUUAUUAUUAUUAUUAUUAUUAUUAUUAUAUGUCCUUACUUACUUCUACACACAACUCUAGAUGUGUGGUGUAUAUUAGCAAUGAAGGAGUUGUGUAUGGUCUGAGUAUCCUAGUAUGCGUAUAAGGUAUGUGAUAGACACAUUUCCUUAUAUCAUUUUACCUUCCUUCGAACCCUUGAGGGCAGCCCCUCUUUAUGUUACAGGUUGGGAUGGAGAGAAAGGGCUUGCCUAGAACCAUUUGGUUCAUGGCUGAGCUUGGAUUUGAUACCAGCCCCAAAGCUGACACUCACAGCGCUAGGCCAUGUUGGCAAAACCCACAAUAAACUCUCCCCAGACUCAUGGAAUAUUGGUGCAACUUUAGGGCUUGUCCCUGUUUUAGUGGGAUCUCUAACUAGGCAUAUAUACAUAUGUGAGCUAAGGUAGUAUAAUAGCAAAAGCUUUGGGUAUAGAUAUAGAUGAGCCAUGCUAAAAUCCACUGUUCAGCCAUAAUGCUCACAGGGCAUCCUUUUGGGCAAGUCACUGGUUCUCAGACUAACCUGCUUCGCAGGGAUUUGUUUAUUAUUUGUUUUUAAAUUGCAUUGCUUACUCUUUCAUGCAUCUGAGCACUCAUGGCAGCCAAAUAAUAAUCACAUUUGUUGGGAUUCCUAAGUACAACUGAGCCAUGUUCCGCUGGUUCAGACCUACUUCAAAACAGGCAAUGUCUAGGUUCCACCCCCUGGAACCUGAAAACCUUUUAUAAUGCUAUAAACUUUUCCAUGGCUGUCUGUGACUAUUCACAACCGCUCCCCUGCUCUUGCCCUGGUGCUCUUUGUUUCUUUCUCUGUUUCGUUCCAUCCUUAAGUGAUUCCAACCAAUCAGCAUCACAUAUUAGACCCAAUGGCAUCACUGUGCUGCGAUUGAUCCUAUUGGGCUAUGAGCUUAUGUCACGAAGGGCAAAGAGUGUCCAUUUAGAAAUAAGUCAGUACUUCAGAUAAUGAUCACUUAGACUAUCCUAGCCCAUUAGGGCUCUUGCUAGCACAUGUGCAUCCAGCCUGAAAAAUCGCUGAAUGGUUAGUAAGUGGCCUUUUGAUAUUAACAUUUUCACAAAAAUUAUCCCAGCUUGGCCCUGCUGUCAAUGAGAGAGUGUGUGGGUUGAUGUUCACCAAAUUUCAGUCAUUCUUCCUUAUGACAAAGGAUGUAUACAAUCCUGUGUACGUAGGAAAAGCAGGAUCCCCAAGCACAUCCAUUUUCUAUAUCUAGUUUCAAAGAGGAUGCCAUAGCGCACAACCUUCAGUAGCUUCUCCGCUUGGUUUUUCCCUCUUUGACCUGUUUCUCUCUUCCAGGGUGAAGUAUGAAGACCCUCUGGCCAGGCAAGGACUAGCUGGAGCCUUGGAUGCCCGGCAACAGAACACAGCAGCGGUGAGUUGCUAACUAUAAAGAUAUUCCAUGAGCACUCAAUGUAAAAGAUGAGCCCCCUGCCUUCUCAAGACAUCAGCUGUAGGUCCAUGUAUACCAUGGUGCCCUCCGUAUGGGGUUUUUGGGGGGACUACAACUCCCAGAAUUCCUGACUAUGGACCAUGCUGGCUGGAGCUAGUGGGAGCAGGACCUAGGUCAUUGCUCACUCAGUUCAUCAGAGCAGCUUUGGAGGUUAAUUACAUAGUUUCGUGUAUUUUCCUAUCUCAUUAACACCUAAACAUGGACUCAUAUCUCCCCUGUCCCCACAGCGGUAGUGGCAGAACAUGCAACUGCACACUAUUAAAUCAUAAGUACCUAAUCGCACAGCACAAAACAACAACAACAAGCAAGCAAGCAUCAGCAUAUCAAACAGUUUAUUUAAGAAUUCAGUACAUACGGAGAACUAGUAACAUUUUGAAACAAUUCUCAAUCAGUAAGAUGAAAAAGUAAAAAUAAUUAUAAUUCAGUAAUACUCCAGUCAUUUUCAGUUACUGCUGAUGUGUAUUAUGGUUCUGAGCUGUAACAAGUUAGUAGCAGCUAUCAAAAUGCAAGAUGUAAAGCCUUAAAAACCUGCAACUAAAUAAUCAUUUUAAAAUCACAAAAAUACAGUAAAAAGAGGUUGGAGGUGUAAUUUCUAGGGGACCCACCCAGGGGCUAAUACAGAGGUGGGGGGCCUUUUCCAGUCCAAGGGCCGCAUUCCAUCCUAAGAAACCUUCCAGGGGCCACAAGCCAGUGAUGGGAUGGGCUUGCAGUGGUGGGACCAGAGGCAAAGAUGGGCAAACCAAAGGAUAUGACUUGUGCCAUCAUACUGUAGGCUACAUUCCAGCCACACAAAAUUAGAGGUUUCUUUCCUCUCUCUCUUGUCUCUCUGUCUCUCUGUCAAGAGAUAUUAUUAAGCCACUUGAGAAGGGUGUGGAGCAGUCUGGCAAGGAAUGCAGCCGGAUUAGCCCCUGGGCCAGUGCAUUGUUAAGUAUAUGAGGUUGGACUAACUACAAUCACACAGGCUUUAAAAUCCUGCUUCCUUUCAAGGUCUGGGUUAGAAGGCUAGCAGGCCAUCCUUCUUCAACUCAGACCUUCCCAUCCAUAGGGAAAGAAACUGGUUUGGGGUUGUACACCUUUCCAUCCCCAGAGGCAAUGCAACUAUAUCUUUGUGGUCAUAAGCCAUGAGCUCAGCUUGGGGUUCUCCCACACUCUGUUUGUUUCUCAACAAAAAUGGGAAGGGGGAAAGAAAUUUUCCAGCUCUCUUUAAUUUGUAGUGGGGAGCUGCUCUCCCUUCUGAGCUCAUAAGCCCUUUAUCCUGGAAGGCACCUGCAUUUCUCCCUACCCUGCCCCACAUUUCCCACCUUUUCCAGCUGCUUUGAAAGCAAACUCUCUCUCAACUAGCCGGAGCCAGGUGCUUCCACUGAUGGAGCCCCAAUCGCAAACUGGAUGAUGCGCCAAGGAAUGGUGAGAAUGUGUCACUGCCAAGGAAGAGCAAAAUAGAGGCUGCUAUGCAAGGGUGCGGUGUUGGCUGAACAGUGUGUGAGGACAGACAUCAGAGAAAGUAAUGUGGCUGGGCUGGAAGUCAAGCAACCUCUCCCAGUAAUAAAAUCCACAGUCCACAAGGCUUCAUGGACUGGAGAAAUCUUAACACAAUGUAAGAAAACAAGGAACCGUUUUUCAGCCCUAUAUUCUCAUCAACAUAGUGCAACGGUACAGAAUAUUUUCCCCUCUAAGGGGGGAUUUCCUUGGAGGAAAGUAGUUUGUGGCUGCAUGCUCAAAGUGGGCAGAGCCAACACACAGAAUGAAUGGGGCUAAAGCACGCAUAUUUAGGUACAUCACAUGCUUUAUGUCUGACACAAGUGCCUCUACUUUGCCUUCCUUGUUGUGCACUGAGAAAAGAGCACACAGAAUUGAAACAUGGCAGUCUGGACAUGAAGCCAGUUCAAUGCAGGUUGGGAUAGGGACAUAUAUUGGAAUGCCAGAAGCAAAGAGAGGCCUGGCUAGGCUUUCCAUACGUCAGGAAAACUCCUGACAUGUCCUGGCUUCCAGGUAUAAAAAUGGCGUUGGGGAAAUUUUGCCCAAGCGUCAAAAUGUAAGGGAAAACCCGGAUAUAUGAAAAAGCAGUAGAAACAGGUCCAAAAGCUUAACAUCACUAUUUUGGGGGGAGGUCUCCCCUAAAAAGCUCAACAACAAUGCUUAACAACCCUUUCAGGUUUCUGCCACUUUCGCUUAUUCUCUCCACAACACCCAAUAAGAGCCAGCUCAAGGGGAACUUACACUAGUAACUUGAUCAGUAUUGGGCUGUCUGUCAUUUUGAUUUCUGUGGUUCCAAAUUCAAUAUUUACAGUUGAACCGGUGGAAGGAAAUGGUUACAGGAUUAGAAGACCCAUUGAGAUGCUUUGUCCAAGGUGUGCCCACACACUGUACCAACUGGCUUGUGUAUGCCUGUCUUCCCCCUGUCUUGGAAAGCUCUUCUAGGGAUAAAGGAGAUAUUGGUUUCAUUUUCUUAAAUUGUGCUGCUCUACCUCAAACCUCAGCACAUCUCCAGUUAUGCUAACCAGUCUGAUGGAGAGCUUUUACCUUGGCAGAGGAAAGAAGGUUAGGCAAGAAUAGCUCAGGCUCUUGAGAAAUGGCUUUAAAGGGAUCUUUUCUUUCUUGGGUGAGAUGGAGUCUGACAUUUUGCUUUUACACUUUUUCUUUGAUUUGGAAGCAAAUUUUCCUACACAUAAUAGCAAGAAACUGCUUGCUUUUAAUUCUGCUUAAGGUAACCUAUGGGAAUUACUAGUCGUUCUCUUCUGUGCUCUUGCACGCUUUCUCUCUUUUAAGCAGAAAUUCCUUAUUGCAUUUAAGGAUCUGUGAAUUUGGGAGAUCAUCUAAUUGCUGACAAGGGCGGGGGAGAAGAAGUUCUUCACAGUGAAAGGGAAAACCUUACUUUUGAAAAUUCACUGAUAUGGAGGUCACUUUUUUCACCUUAAGCAGUUUCCCAUAACUUGGGUUAGCACAGGGUCCAAUUUUGGAAGGAAUCGUUGUAGGAAGUAAGCCUUUCUCCUUGCCAUACCUACCUCUUCCUCAUUUCCUGGAAUUACAGUAUAAUUCCAGACAAUCCAGUGUUAUCACGCAGGCUCUUCCCUUCUGUUUAGGAUGAAGACAGAAUUCUGUUAGACUGCAUAUGCAGGUUAUAUGCUCAGUAGCAAUAGCUCAGCUCUUCACCUAAAAUACCAAAGAAUUUAUGCAUGGCCUUCUUUUUCUUCUUUUCAAUAGAUUUUAUUAAAGUUUGAUCAGAAGUAUACAAUGGUUAAUAUCAAAUAGCCAAGAAACUAAUCUAAAUAAAAACACAAUCCAAAAGUAGAUUGAAAAGAAAAGAAAGAAAAAAGGCUGGGGGAGGAAGAGGGGGAAAAAAAGAAUAGAACUUCCAAUUCUUCAUCUGUCAGCUAUAUAUAGAAAAAUAUUCAAGACAUCCACUCCAGGAUAACACCCCACAAUUCCUCUUUCUAUAAACCAAUAAUUUCUUCAAUCCUCAUGCAAAUCCACGUCAAUUCUUUUUCAUGCAAAGGAGUUUCCAAUCUUUAGUAAAUAUAUACAAUGAUUUUUCUCUUAAUUGCACAUGUCAACUUCACCCUCUCAGCUAAGUCCAAUAGUCUUAGCAUGGCCUUAUGUUUCCAUGGGUGUUAAGAUUGUAUGAGAUGCUUUCCUGGGUCCCACCAGGGUCCAUAAAGUGAUAAUCCAGCAUUUGGUUCCAGCCAUAACUAGACGCCUGCCGCUGACAGUUCACAAGCAGAGCAUAUGAAGGUCAUGGCCAUUAGCUGCUCUUGGUCUCAAACAGAGAUUAUCUUCCACGAAAUUGUUUUAAGCAACUUGAAGGUGGCAUGCUGGAGAUGGGCAGGCGCAUUCAAGUACCCAAGAUGCAGACAUGCAGGAAGGCGACCUCCAAUGCAUGCCAUCCACUGAAGACAGCCAGGAGUUCACAGAUAGGCCAGGUGGACCCUGCAGGCCAGUCCACCAAUUCUGGGCUUACCACCAGACCCAAGAUGUGCUCCAAAUUGGAGGUGUAAACAUAGCAAUUUUCUAAAGUAACAAUAUGAAGGGUGGGGUCCAGAUAGCGUUGCAUUUAACAAUCUCACUGAAUUUUACUUUAAAGUGAAACAGACCCUUUAAGAACAGGAAGAGUGAGAGAAAGUGAAUGAAGAAUCCUUAGCAGAUCUGACAUGCCACAUCCCAAUUGACUAAUAAUCAUGUACAGUGGUGCCUCGCAAGACGAAAUUAAUUCGUUCCGCGAGUUUUGUCGUCUUGCAAUUUUUUUGUCUUGCGAAGCACGGUGUCGGGAAAGUUUUGGAAAAGCUUCAAAAAUCACCAAAGUCUUUAAAAACCUCAAAAACGGCGUUCUAUGAGUUGCUCCUCGAAGUCAAGUCGCAACUGUAUUAACGGUGUUAAGAAAAAGGAAACAAACUUGCAAGAUGUUUCCAUCUUGCGAAGCAAGCCCAUAGGGGAAAUCGUCUUGCGAAGCAGCUCAAAAAACAAAAAACCCUUUCGUCUAGCGAGUUUUUUGUCUUGCGAGGCAUUCGUCUUGCGAGGUACCACUGUACCUGUUUCAGUGGCGGUAGAGAGAGCAUUGAGUGGCAUUAACAUCAGGAAGUGGUGGAAAAAUGUUAAAUCCACUGAGGCACUUUCCUGUGUCACUGGAAUGUGGUUCAGCAUGUGCAAAUUUGCUGCUUCCAUUCAAUAAAAUCAGAAGUUUCCAAUCCUCUUUGAUUUAUGGAGGAAAGCUUGAAAAACAGGAUGGUGUGUCCUGAAUUGACCAGGAAUGCAAAAGACUGCAAUAUUGAUAUUUUUGAAAUGCCAUGGCUACAGGGAGUUUGCUCUGUGGUAUUUGAAGUUCACUGGAAUACAUUGCAGCUUGUGAGAGGCAGCUUGUCACAAUUCACCAAAAUCUAAUCCUGGAUUUAAAAAAUGCUUGCCCCUUCACAAUGUUUCAUGCUACGAAUCAAAAUAAGAACUUUUUUCAUGUUGUGUUAAUAAAGACUAAAAAUCAGCUAGGGCUUCCCAAUUGAUUUUAUUUUAUUUAUAUCCUGCCCUUUCCCCCAAAGUUGCCCAAGGCAGCAUAAUAUUGGAUAAUACUAUGUACGCACAAUAGAUCUUGUGGCUGAACAACUUUGCCAUCUUUGAGGGUCACUUCUGAAACUACUACUUAAUUGAUAUCACCCAUGAGACCCAGUCCGUGACGUAGCUGUUUAUCAGUGUCAUUCGUGGUCAGGUGUAGGCCUAGGCCAUUUGAAAGGUGAACCUGAGAAUCAUCUAACCAUUCUCAAGUGAUGUUGGAAUUAGCUAAGAAAUGGAUGCCCAUCAGAUACUGGUCCUAAAAACAGUGCUGAGUAAAAUAAGCGGAUGUCAGUUAAGAGAGCAUUUUUGCAAGGAUGGGUUUCAUUCCCUUCAUUCCUUUCUUUGUUGUUUUCUCUUUCUCUGCCAGGUUCCUGUCCCCCAAGCUGCCAUCAUGGAAGAUAUUGAGCAGUGGCUCUCUACUGAUGUGGUAAGUAACGUAGCCAAAGCACUUACUUAUUAGUGAUGGCUGAUUAUGAACGUAGUUAUUAGGUGAGUGGUAGAGCCUAAAACCCCAAAGAGCUGCCACCAGUCAGUAUCUACAGUACUGAGUUAAAUGGACCAGUGGUCUGACAUGGUAUGAGGCAGUUUUCUAUUUUUAAAUAUCUGUAAUAGAUGCUCAGCAGAGCUACCUAGAAUCAGCCUUUGGGUGUUCUGUCUCUGGAGUUGGGGUCCUAGCUCAGGGGUAAAGCACAUCAGAAGGUCACAGUUUCACAUCCCUGGCAUCUCCAUGUAGGGCUGGAAGAUGCCUAUCGGAAACCCUUUUGCAGGAAUAGCCAGUGUGAUACCCUCCAGAUGUUGCUUCAAACUCACAUCAUCUCUGAUCAUUGCCCACACUGAUGGGAGUUGGAGUCCAAUAACAUCUGGAAGACACUACAUUGCCUGCCUCUGCGGCCAACUUCACUGAGCUCCAUGCAUCAGUGGUCUGGCAUGUCAUUAUGCAGUUUCCUUUGCUUCUAAUGCCCCUUCCCAUUCUUACUACUUUGCAAACUACUAUAAGCACUUGCUGCUUGCAGUAUAUUGAGCUAAGGUGUGGUUUGCAUUGCCACACUAUGUGCCGUGGGUCAUUUCAUUUCCACACACCCCAGUCCAGGAUUACAUCAUCGUAAAUGCCAUACAUGACCUGAGUUUCAAUUCUCAAAUAACUAGUCUGCCAUGAACAAAAUGCAGGCCAAACAUAGCUGAAGCUGCCUGCCACAGGAAAGUUAGUUGUGCGAAUCAGCCUCCUCACUUACUGGCUAAAACAGGGUCUGCUUUUUCCACUGUCUUGUCUGUUCUGAUGUUGGUGUAGAACUAAUUUCUCUGCAUUUCAUCCUUUCUGAAACACAAUGACUGUUGUUUGACUAAAAUGGUAGUUUGGGGAAGUAGACUUUUGGUAUCCACAUGUCAUCCUGUUUCUGCCUUAAAAUGCUGUCUGUUUCUACUGGUAUGGGUGAUGGAAACCAAGGUGAGUAAGCACACACUAGGUCCCUGUCCCAAUAAAAAUUGGAUUUUCUGUCCAUGUAAUUAAGCCCUGCACACUUUCAUUUGAUCUGCCAUAAUUUCCACACUUUCUUGUGUUCUCUUUUCUCAGGGAAACGACACGGUGGAUCCAAAGGGUGUCACCAGCGAAGGCAAGUUGCUAGCAGACCCUGUGCCCUGCCUUUGAGGGUUACGUUUCCAAUGAAUUCUUGCAGGCAUGGGAUGUUGUUUGCUGAUUGAUUCCAUGUCUACGCAUUUUUAUAUAUAUAUAAAAAACAUUUUCUAUGAAUGAGCAAUCUGUGCAAAUGGCUUCUCAAUCUUUGGGAUUUUUGAAAAAUCCCAAAAUGGGGCUCUCCUUGCACAGGUCUGUUGGGAUGUAUCGCUCCCAUGUUUAAUCAUGUAGAAUGUCCUGCAUGAAGGCGUUGUGUUUAUAAUUGGCACCCCUGAACAGUGAAUGUGAACUAUCAAUCUCCAAAUAUAUCUGGAAUUAUAGAUGUGUCCAGUCCAUGGAAACGAUUACAUAAGAAGCAAUGCUCGGGGCUUUUCCAACUCUUGAUUUGAUUCCUCAUUCUCCCUUUUUUCUUCCUUGCCAGAGUUUGACAAGUUCCUGGAAGAGCGAGCAAAAGUGGCAGAACGGCUGCCUACGCUUCCCAGUCCCCCAACUGGGGCUCCUUCCUCCAACAGCAGCUCUGGCCCUCCGCGGAAGAAGGACAAAGAAGAGGAGGCGAUGUUUGCUUUAUGA